AGAUUUGNAAUAAAUAUUUUCAAUAUUCAGAAAAUAAAAAAGCAAAAGAAGUCCUGAAAAAUGAAGGGAUUACUGGAUGAUGCCUUGAUGUUGAUGAUUGUUGUACUGAUGCUACUCACUAGCAACUAUUUUACAUCACCAGCCCAUGGUUACGAUCCGUUGGAUCCUAAUGGGAACAUAACAAUCAGAUGGGACGUGUUGAUAGACAAUGGUGAUGGCACACAAGACGUGAGGCUAUCAAUCGUGAACAACCAGCUGUUCCGCCACGUGGAGCCUCCCGGGUGGCGGCUGAGCUGGGCGUGGGCCCACGAUGAGGUCAUCUGGGCCAUAACCGGCGCCGAGACCACCGAGCAAGGCAAUUGCUCGAGGUUCAAGGGCUCGACACUCCCACAUUGUUGUGAUAAGGAGCCCGUGAUAAUCGACCUAUUGCCCGGCACUCCUUACAACAAGCAGGUCGCCAACUGCUGCCGAGCUGGCGUUCUGUCGUCCCUUUUGCAGGAUCCCAGGAGACAUGUGGCCGCCUUUCAGAUGCAUGUCGGUGGGUCUAAGGCAGUCAGAGUUCCCGAGAAUUUCACGCUCGGAAUCCCGGGCUAUACUUGUGGGCCCGCCUUGAGAGUCGUGCCGACCAAGUUUAGUGAGGAUCAAGGGCGCCGAACGACUCAAGCGCUCGAGACGCAUAAUGUGACGUGUUCGUACUCGCAAUUCCGAGCUUCGGUUGCUCCGAGGUGUUGUGUUUCGUUGUCGGCUUUUUACAACACGACAAUCGUCCCAUGCCCUCGAUGUAGCUGUGCUUGCCAAGGACAACCGGAUUCAUCAUGUCUCAAGCCAGGAGAAAUGCCUCCUGUCCUGCAGCUGUCGCAUAACGAGCCACCCAAGACUUUAGUGCAGUGUUCGGAACAUAUGUGCCCGAUUCAAGUUCACUGGCACAUCAAGCAGAGUUACAAAGAGUACUGGCGGGUCAAAAUCACGGUCAACAAUCUGAAUUUCGUCAAGAAUUACAGCGACUGGAAUAUGGUAGUCUUGCACCCGAAUCUAAAGAAUGUGACACAAGUUUUCAGUUUCAACUAUAAGCCUCUCAACGUCUAUGGCGACAUAAAUGACACAGGAAUAUUUUACGGGAUUCAGUACUACAACGAUUUGCUGCUGCAGUUUGGGAAAAAUGGUAAUGUGCAGUCUGAGAUGUUGAUGAAUAAAGAUAGGAGGACUUUCAGUUUCAGACAGGGAUGGGCUUUUCCUCGGAAAAUAUCAUUUAAUGGAGAAGAUUGCGUAAUGCCGUCACCUGAUGAUUAUCCGAGGCUCCCGAAUUCGGCUCAUUUUCACGCACAGGCAACAACAGCUUUGGUUCUGUUUCUAAUGUCAUUCUUGCUGCUGCUAGUGGCUUGAAAGUGUUACUCUGUUGUUGUUAUUGUUUUGAAUGGUUUGUUUGUUUCCUGGAGCAUUAAUAUAUUAUUGACCAUGAUAAAUUGCUUUUAGCAGUGUUGUUAUGGUGAUUUUUGGAUGAUUUGCAGCUAGAGAUGUUAAAUGGUCUUUGGCCCGACGGGCCGGCCCGUUUAGUCCGGAAAAAAGAAGGUUAGGUCCUUUUAUUAGUAGCCCGUUUAAAUCAGGGCUUUUUAGGCCCGGACCGUUUAACUCGAAGCUCGCUAGGGCUAGCACGUUUAACAUCUCUAUUUGCAGCUCAACAAGAUUUGAUGACUGUUAGAAAAAUAUGAAGGGUGGAACUUGAAUUUGAUGUGGAUUUAUUGGGGAGACUAUUUGUUCCCUUCAAAUAUUUAAAUUAU